UAGAAAUCACUUAUGUUAACGAUCAUAAACACAUUUAUAAUGUUUGCUAAAUUACUUCUACUUGCAUUUGCUUGUUUCAUCGUUAAAGUGGGAACAUUAAAAUGCUACAUAUGCGUUUUUUCAUCAGCUGACAUCGACAAGUCAUGUCUAACCGUUACCAACUCCACGCAAAUUGUAGAAUGCACGUUAAAAUAUUGCACCAUAAUGAGGCAGGAACUUCAAGAUCCUGCCGGCGUUGUACACACCUUUAUUAGGGGAUGUGAAGACUCUCCAGCGUAUUUAAAUCAUUUAGUGACAGAUGCAACGUUUAAAAGUUACUAUCGUGCCUGUACCUACGAUCUCUGUAACUCUGGUAAUGGAAUACAACGUGUAACAGGUUCAAACUUAUUGCCGACCGGCGAACGCAACUAUACUAACUUGCUUGUACCGGGAACUGGCAGUCGCCAAUUAGACAAGAUUUUUGAUUACAGUCUGUAUAAUUAAUUUAGUAAUCAACGAUAUAUAUUACAACGACAUAGAUUAUAAAAUCGAAUUUAUGUUUAUAUAUAAAGAAACGCAGGAUAUUAUUUGCAUGGUAAAGCUGAAUCAUGCAUUCAGCCUGAAUGCAAGAUUGUUAACUUAGCAUGCAAGAAUAUUAUAACUAUUCGAUUCAGUUAAUAACUUCACAAAUUUUUAAUAUAAAAAAAUAUGUAGUUAUAUUAAAUUAGUCAUAAAAAUAAUUAUGCCAUAAAGCCUAUUUUAUUUCACUUUUCAAUUUUUAUAAGCUCAAAAUUCAGAGUUCUUAAUGAACUCAUAAAUUGGAUGUAAAUGUUUUGAUGUCUAAAUAAAUAUCUUUUUAUCUC